AGAAAACUGUCAGCAUAUGUUCCAUAGGGCUUAUGGUAUACCCCAAAGAUGAAGCCACAAAGUCCCAAAACGAAUACAGCGCGCGGCAGCGAGAGACAAGGCAUAAAAAUAAAUGAAUAACAUAAAAAUAAAUCAUACGCCCCAUCGGCCACCCAGUAAAAAGUAAGCCAAUACCGUAACCAUUACCCUCGCUUCAAAAUCACACCCCAAACCCAAACUCGAACCCAAUGGAUGUUCUCCCCCUAUUUUCAUGGCGCUAAUAAAUGCUUAUCGAAGACGCAUAAAGCGAGUAAAUUCGCAGCCAUUAAACGGGCAUAAAACUCGAAGCCGGGGCCGAAGCGAAAUUGUGGGGCCGACAAAUCAAAGUACAAGCCUCAGGACCAACCUCAUUCUCCUAUUUCCCAGCCAUGAAAUAAAACCAGGCAACAAUGAAACCCAAAGCGUCUCCCAAGCGAUUUCAAUGCGGGCAUUCAUCGGUCGAGCCAAGGAAUUGGCCACCCACAAGACCCAAAACCCAGAACCCAAACUUCCAGUGAACCUUCCACCCUCGUCACCUCCAGCACCCCAUUUAAAGGCCCUUCCUUCGAGGCAACACUCGCUAUAUAACCAUCUUACCCAACGUUGACAGCAUACAAAGUAACUUAAAUCGAAACAAUAAAGCGGCAACUUUGUACCAAGAAAAAAUGCAAAAGAAAGCAAAAUGAACACAGGAAAAACGUGAAAGAAAGCUCGAAAAGGAACCAGAAAAAGUGUGGAAAUGAGAAACAAGCGAAGUAGGUUAUACCCUCAUGAUUUCUAUACUAUUUGAAAACAUAUUACAAUGGCUCAUCUAACAAUCUGAUUAUUAAUAUACUAGUACAUUGCAUCAACUUCACUUUUUAAGGAAAUCGAUUAUGUAGCAUGAAAGAGAAAAUUCAAUACCAAUUAGGGUAUUCGAAGCACCAUAAAACACCAAUGUUUAAGCUUCCGAUCGAAAUUCCCAUACCAAGCGUGGGUAUUAUUACAAAAAACGUUGGAAAAGACGUCAAGGAAAGUUCCCAAAGAAAUUGAGCUGCAGGCGGAGGGAAAGCGGAGAAAGGGGCGAAAAAAGAAAUGUAGAAAAGCGCAAAUAAAUGAAUGAAUAAAAACGCCAAGGAUAGCGAGGAUACCAUACAGGCAAAGGCAAACUCAUAGUGCACGGAUAGAAGGGAGGCAAAGGAACAGAGUUCCACAAAGAAAUUACAAAAUGUAUGCAACAAAAAAAAUAAAAAAAAUAAAAAGCGUUGG